UUAUUAUUUUCCAAUCGUUUGUUAUCGAUAUGUAUUGAUUCAUUACCAUCUGGAAAUGGUAAUUCACUGCGUAAAGAUAAAAAGUAAAUCCCCUUUGCCUUUUGUUGUAUUUCUUUGCAAAAAGGUAUAUAAAGAACGAUCCUCGUUGUCCUGGCAUCAGUCUUUAAGACAAGCAUCUAAUACAACUAAAAUUAAAAAAAAAUAUUAAGAGAGACACAAUGAAGUGUGCAAUUUUUGCUAUUUUCGUGUUAGCAAUUGUUGCUGGUAUUAAUUCUUCUCCAAUUGACCAGGAAGAGCCAAAAGUUAUUCCACCGGAUGUAUUUAUUCCAGAAGAUUAUAAUCCAGAACAGAAAGAGGAACACUCCAGAGUAAAGAGAUUUACCUGCGACGUACUCAGCGUGGAAGCGAAAGGUGUCAAGCUAAAUGAUGCUGCAUGCGCCAUUCAUUGCCUCACUCUUGGCAAAGCAGGAGGAUGGUGCGACAACCAUAAAGUGUGUAACUGCAGAAGAUAAAAUAUAAAUGUUUUAUAAAAAUAUGUAAUUUUCUUAUAAAUAUGCAGAAUAUUUAUGGAUCA